AUGGAGUUGAAAGUUUUCACUGAAGAUGGCAUAUCGCGAGUGAUCAGUGGAGUGACGGAUCAAACUACCUGCCGAGAUGUGAUGGUGGCCGUGGCACAGGCAACUGGUUCUCAGGGAACCUACAGCAUGCUCCUUCUCUGGGGCAACAUUGCAAAAACUCUUUUGCCCAAUGACAAACCGAUGGAUAUUGUGAAAAACUUUGCAGAGUCAUCUACAAACACUCGCUUUCUUAUUAAACUUAACAACAGUCGUAGUAGUAACAACAAUAAUCUCAAGGUGAGCGUUGCUAACAAAUUAAAACAAGUGACUGAUAACAAAAAAACUGCUGUCCUCAACAUAGACAAACCAAUCCGACAGAAGCAGCAUAGACUUAAAAAGGCUCACACAUUCAAUGCACCUUUUUCAACUAAAACCAACUUCUUCAGCAAAUAUGAAGACUCUCAACAUCAAAAAAUGAUGUGUGAUAAUUUAAAAAAUAUUGACCAAUCAAAUGCCAAACCACUAAAUGAGCCUGACAUUAACAACACCGCUGAAACCAUAGGACCAUCAAAUAGAGAUAACUUCAGUGAGUUAUAUUCAAAAAUAGACAAAAAGAAAUCUGCUCCAGUUCCAAAACCCAGGACAACUGUCACACGAAACCUCCCUAUUCCAAUGAACAUUCCUCCUCAAGGGCCUGCCAGUGAGGAAACCAACUUUCAACUGCUUUCAACUGAUGGUAAGAAGAAUUUGAAAAAAAGUGAUCUUUUUGCCUUCAAGCCCUUGCCUCUUAAAAAUAAUUUAUCAAACAAAAACUUGCCUGUCAGCAAAAACUUAGCCAUGUUGCAAGAAAACAACAUUGAACACAGCGGUAGCAGCAAGUACAAGAAGUCAAAGUGCAGCAACACAGAUGCUCUGAAAAAGAAACUGAAUGAUAAAAUGCUCGACCUGCAACAACAGCAGCAAGAAAUUCAAUUAUUAAACAAAGGUUCCAACUUAAUUUUUGUUUUGAAAUUCAAUAGAAUACAUUUUCAGUUAAAAAUUAUUGUUCAUUUCUCCUUAGAAAUUGUGGACAUUACAGAAGCGAGUAACGAUGUUCAUGGAGACAACAGAGAAAUAGAAAAAGAACAAGCACUGGAGCAAAAAUUAGAUGCAGAUAUCCAGAGGUUAGAUAGAGAUGGUUGGAAAGAGAAGUUAGAGGAAGAGAGUGAAAAAGUAAGAGUAUUGAAAGAACAUGAUGACGAAAUCAACAGCUCACUAUUGAUGAUCAGUAAUGAAAUUUUAAAAACGAAUUUGGCCAUCGAAGCCUUACACAAAGAAAUAAAGUCAGAAGAGGAGUUGUGUGAAGUCAUACAGCAGGAAACAAUGGUGAAAAUGAAGCAGGAUGGAGAUGGACAGAUAGAAGAAUUGAAAAGUGAACUUGAAAGAAUGACAAACGAUCUUAGCAGACAUAACAAACUCAUCAAUGAACAGCUUGUUGAAAUUUCACAGAAACAAUCACAAAUCAACUCUUGA